ACCAAAGUUAAGCACAGUACAGUUCGCUUUAAAUCUUCGCCGGAAUUCGAUUUGCUUAUUAGCGUCGCAAAAUGAAAUAUAUUUUAUGUGUUAUCUGUGUUAGCGCAGUUGCAAUUUUGUUGGUUUCAGUAAAUGCAGGGGAAGAAGAAGAAAAUAUGUUAAGGCAAGUGGCUGGAGGUUGCAUCAACGAAACUGGAGCAUCCGAUGAAGAUGUCGCUAGAAUGGCCAAUAAAAAGUUACCCGCAACGCCUGAGGGAAAAUGCUUUACUUUUUGUGUGCUGCAUCUAUUUAAUUGUUUGACUGAGGAUGGGAAUUUCCAACAAGAGGAUUUUAUGAAUUUAAUGAGAAUGGGAAUCGACAAUGAUACAGUGUUAGCAGCGUGUGACGAAGUAUCUAAGAAAUGUGUUGGAACUAAGUCAUCUGAUGACAAUAACUGUGAGACUGCUGCAUUACUGGUCAAAUGUUUAGACGAUGGUGCAAAAGAAGCUGGCUACGAGAAAUUCUAGAAAGUUUGUUAACUAAUUUGCAGUAGAAAUAAACACAAUCCAACUAAAAA